CCUGACUCCUUCCUGCCCCUCUCGCUCAGGCGGCGGCUGGGAGGCGCCAGGAUGAAGCUUUACAGCCUAAGUGUCCUUUACAAAGGCGACCCCAAAGUGCACUUGCUGAAAGCCGCCUACGACCUGUCCUCAUUCAGCUUCUUCCAGAAAACCAGUGUGCAGGAAUUCAUGACCUUCACGAGCCAGCUGAUUGUAGAGCGCUCAGUGCCGGGCAGCAGAGCGUCCGUGAAGGAGCAAGAAUACCUCUGCCACGUGUUUGUGCGAAAUGACCGGCUGGCAGGAGUGGUGAUCGCAGACAGCGAGUACCCCCCGCGCGUGUGUUUCACCUUGCUGGAGAAGGUGCUGGAUGAAUUCUCCAGGCAGGUCAGCAGCAUAGACUGGCCCUCGGGGUCUCCGUCGACGAUUAGCUACGCAGCCUUGGACGGCUACCUGAGUAAAUACCAGAAUCCCCGGGAGGCGGAUGCCAUGACGAAGGUGCAAGCGGAGCUGGACGAGACCAAAAUCAUUCUGCACAACACCAUGGAGUCUCUGCUGGAGCGCGGGGAGAAGCUGGACGACUUGGUGGCCAAGUCGGAGGUGCUGGGGCUGCACUCGAAGCACUUCUACAAAACGGUACGUGGGGGAGGGAGGGCAAAGGGCCAGGCCUGGCCACCACCACCAAAGCCCAGCCACUAGCUGGAGCAAGGGCCC